CACCAUUGUUAUCAGAAGCUUGAUAUAUAUCAGUCAUUCACUCCCUCUUUAGCUGUUGCUUCAUGUCUUGAGGGCAAUUUCGCAGAGCCUUGUCCUUCUGCUGCGUUGAGACGAUGAGCCGCAAUCCAACACAUUCAUUCCAACCUGUAAUCUGAGCGAGCUCGAGGGUUACUGCAGGCUUACCAUUCACUCAUUUAACUUCCCCUGCCUUUUCCUUUGUUUCCAGUCAGAAAUAGUUCACAUAUAUGUAAUCCCCAUGGUGAACUUGAACCCCAACUUGCACACUCUCUUCCUUGCUCCUUUUUCCUUUCUAGCUUCAACUGUUGAUUCUAGAUUACUUCGUCCCUUUCUUGACUCCAUCCACAGCAGAAUCAAACGUGCCAUUAUGUUUGUUUUCAGAAAAGAGUCACUGCCGGGAGAUGUUGUCUUCCCAACUGAUCUGAAGCAGCUUGGCUACUUCAUUAAUGAUAAUGACCAAAUUAGGAUGAUUAUCGACCCUGAGCAGAAGUUUCUCUACAGGAUCAACGCCAAUGAUCGAUAUAAUGAGAUGCAGAAAGAAUCUAUGAAUGCUUGCAUCCGCGAGAUUGUCCUUUCGCGAUUGCGUAAUCUGGGAUUGGAGAUCUUGCGUCUGCCCAUCGGUGCAUCUCCCAAGUCACAGCAUGUCCCAAUUCUAGUUACUCCGUCUCUAGAAAUCCAAUCGCGCGUCAUUGUCGUCUUUGGGGAACCCGUCCAAGACCUCGGAAUCUGGGCCUACCGUACCGUAGGGGACGAAGGCGUCAAUGUUGGAUCCGCCGUUAACUUUGCCAAAGCUGUCAUUGGAGAUCCAGAAGAAAGCAAGGAUGCCCAGAGGGACCGUGAAACGAGCCCAGCGCCAGGCCUCAUUCUUACUAACCCUGGGCAACUGGUUUGGUACUGUAAUGGAGAGCGUGCAGUCUCCCUGCCAACAUGGCACGCCAUCCCUCGUCAACAUGCUGUCAGCCCACCCAUGAAAAUGAGCCACCACAACAAGAUUCCGGAGAACGGAAACUGGCAAGAACACAUUACAUACGUAUUUGAGGAGGUCCUCGGAAAAAUGGUCCCCGAAACCGCGAAAAUAGACAUCAUCGGGCUUGCAGAAGGUGGUCUUGGAGCGAUCAGAUACCUGGCCGAACACUGGCAAACGUGGCAGCCCCGUAUCUCAGCAAUCUGCCUCACCAAUCCCCUGCACGAUAUCAAUCACCUCCAUCCGCUUGAAUUCGCCAAAUUUGUCUCCACACGUGCCCGCGCUUACCUGAUCUCCGACAAACCGCUCCAUCAUCACGUUCCUGGUAGGUACAGGUUCGGAUGUAACUGCUACUCGUCUGGAGAAUCGCUCAAUGUGGAAUGCAUUAUGCCGCGAGCAGGGGAUAGCAUGCUAUCCUGGUUGGAUAAGAUGCAUGGCUCUCCGAGGCUGGAGGAGAUUGAAGUGGUCGUAAGGGACGAUGUGGAGGACAACGUGACUGACCUCGCUGGCGAGGAGUGACGGUGGAGAGGAUUGAUAUAUUGGUUUUGGUGAUUGCUUUACCUUUCAUUAAUCCUUGAGUUUGUGGUAAUUAUCUAACAUAGCGAUCGUGUUUGAGCGAUGGCGUGAUAUCAGGACCGUUCAAUGAUUUUUCUUAAUACUGGCCAAUGAUUACAACUUUCCUUGUAUUUGACGCUCAGUUUCUCUCAGAAUGACUAUGUUCGUUGUUCAUUCAGUCUUUUUGCGAGUAUACUAGGCUUGCUUCUAAAUCAG